AAAAUUGUCCAAGCAAUGCUUAAGCUGGGACUCGCGGUCCCCACUCGUUGGUCCUUCAGAUGUCGUCGCCUGGGAAUGGCUAGCAUUAAGGGCGAGGCAAGAAUCUCCGUGGACAAGCAGAAAGCAGACCAGCCGGAGCACGAUGAGGACCAGCAAGAGACCGAGGCGGAUUCCCAGCCGGCGGAAGAUUAUCCAAGAACUCACAGGAACGAGAAAGUGUUAGUUAAUCAUGCCAUUCAGGAGAUCCAGCACAGACCGUUGGAGGUGCCCACAAUUAUCGGCGAUGAUACAGUGUAUACCAUGGACACUCAGCGCGUUUGCUGCCCGCAUCACCUGCAGACGAACUUGGCUCACGUCUACUACGCAAAUCGCAAGCAAAUCGAGGCGGCAAUUAAGUCUGCCCUUUCGGCGCAGGGAACUUGGAGUCUGGUACCCAUCGCCGAGCGCCUGGCCAUUUGGCGACGCGCCGCUACCAUUAUCGAGGAGGACGAACUGCGGCUGAGAGUGUUCCUGAUGAUGACGCUUAGCAAAACCGCCGAUGAUGCGACGCGGGACAUUCGGCGGCUACUCACCUCGCUGAGGGCCAAUGCUGACUAUUUGGAGCACCUGUCCGAGCUGCGCUUUGAGAUCCAGGGUGAUAUGAAUGUAUUCCCCAGCUUUCAUUUGAGACCCAUGGAUGGAUUUGUGGCCGCACUGGCACCAUUUGAAUCGGUGGCCUUGUCAUCCAGCUUGGCCCUCUGUCCGGCGCUCAUGGGCAACACGGUGCUGUGGAAUCCCUCAUUGGAAGUGGCACCUGUGAGCUAUCUAAUUUACAGAGCCUUCCAGGAGGCGGGUUUGCCCAGCGGCGUUAUCAACUUUGUGCCGGCCAACGAGCGCCUGUUCUUAGACACCAUCACGGAUGCCGUGCACUUUUCCGGGCUGAAUACUCAAGCCAGUGCAGCUUGUUAUAGGCAUGUUCACAAGUUGGUGAGCGAUCGAAUGGAGCGAUACAUCUGUUUUCCUCGUCUGGUGGCCGAGUGCCCGGGUCAGAACUUUCAUUUUGUCCAUGCCAGCGCCAAGGUGGAAUCUGUCGUCUCGGCUACAGUGCAGGCGGCCUUUGGCUUUGCCGGACAGUGUGCCAAUUCGCUCUCCCGGAUGUACGUGCCCUCGUCAAUGUGGCCACGCCUCAGGGAGGAGUUGCUGGAGGCCACGGAGCAACUGACCAUCGGAGACCCCGUCGAAUCGGGAACGGAUAUGGGAGCGAUGGUCCAUAUAAAUGACUUCCGGCGGAUGCAGAAACUACUGCAGCGCACCAAGAACAUGGAACAGUUGUGCGGAGGCAGCUGCGAUGACAGCACUGGUAGAUUCGUUUCUCCAACGAUUGUCCGGGUGGCGGAUCCAUUGGAUCCACUUCUGUGUGAGCCCUGCUGCGGACCGUUCUUGCCGGUGUUCGUCUAUUCGGACGAUUCCUUCAGUGAGGCUCUCAAGCUUGCCGCCAAUCAGUCCAGAUACGCACUUUCCGGCUCCAUAUUCGCAAGUCGGGAUGAGGUUAUCCUCCACUGCCUGAACCAACUGCGAAUGUCCGCUAGUAAUCUCUACGUGAAUGAGCGAUGCACGGGAAGCACGUACGGUCUGACUCCCUUUGGUGGAAAUCGGUUGUCCGGGACAAACGAUAAAUCCGGAUCUGCCUACUUCCUUAUGCGCUGGAGCUCGCCACUGCUCAUCGAGGAGACUGUGGAGGGUGCACCUCCCAUAAAUGGAUCAAAAACGUUUCCCUGAGCGGGUGUUUCAAAAUUACAAUAAGUGUAUUUGAAGUGGCGUUUUACUAUUUAACCACAAACUGGAUAAACUAUGUUUUUUCAAGUAUUAAAAGAAUGACCAGAUAUCGGCUUUUGAUCUCAUACUCAU